AGAGAGGCAGAGAGAGAGUACAGAGGGAUAUAUUGACUCAAAGCUGGUCUGCAUGCUCCUCAGUGUGUGAGAAACAGAGGACGUGAGAGCAGGCAAGAUGGAGUGCUGGCACAGAUGAAGACUGUCCCUGGUCCUGUUCGACAGCCCACAUGAGUGUCUCCAAACCUCCGCCGCACCCCCCCACCUCCCACCUGGCCAUCCCCCCUUCCUCCUCCUCCACCCCGUCCUCAUCAGCCUCCUCCCCCUCAGCAACGCCCCACUCGGCUGGACCACCCCCUCCCUCACCAGUCAAGAUCUCUAUGCAGGAGCACUUUGCCAUCAAUGUGUGCCCAGGCCCCAUCCUCCCUAUCCCACAGAUCUCAGAUUUCUUCCCCCGUUUCCACGACUACCCCUGCACACCUCCGCCUCCGAGGGAGAAAAAGAUCCUAAAAGAGGAGACGUUCAAUGGAGAGACGGGCGGAGGCUACAAGGAUCCGGAGAGGAGGGGAGACAACGAUGGAGAUAGGGAGGAAGUGUUUGACUCUGAUGAUGAUGACACAUACUUGGGAACGCUGGAGUUCACUUUGCUCUUUGAUCAGGAGAACAACUGUCUUCAUUGUACGAUUCAUAAAGCAAAGGGACUGAAAGCCAUGGACUCCAAUGGGCUGGCUGAUCCAUAUGUCAAGCUUCAUCUUCUCCCUGGGGCUAGCAAGGCAAACAAGCUUCGCACAAAAACCCUGAAGAACACCCUGAACCCUGUGUGGAACGAAACACUGAUAUACCAUGGCAUCACAGCGGCUGAUAUGACCACCAAAACUCUCAGGCUGUGUGUAUGUGACAUGGAUAGGCUUGGGCGAAAUGAAUUCAUCGGAGAGGUGAGAGUAGCUCUGAAGAAACUGAAGGAGGGCGAGAACAAACGCUACAAUAUGGGCCUGGAGAGAAUUGCACAGAAUAAGGAAAGUAACAAUCAAACAGUCGAGCAGGGAGCGCUCGUGGCAGAGGAGGAGCGUGGUCGCAUCCUGGUGUCGCUGUGCUAUAACACCGAGAAGGGCUGCCUGCUGGUUGGGAUCAUACGUUGUGCCCAUCUGGCUGCCAUGGACUCCAACGGUUAUUCUGACCCCUUCGUCAAAAUUAUCUUACAACCUGAUAUGGGAAAAAAGUCCAAGUACAAGACUUCAGUGAAGAAAAAGACUCUUAACCCUGAGUUCAAUGAGGAGUUUUCAUAUGAAGUAUCCCUGGACCAGCUGGCAAAGAAAACCCUGGAGAUUUCUGUGUGGGACUACGACUUGGGAAUGAGCAACGACUUCAUAGGUGGAGUGGAACUGGGCAUCAAUGCAAGUGGACAGAGACUCAGACACUGGUUUGAGUGUCUCAAAAACAAAGGGAAGAAAGUCGAGUACUGGCAUACGCUCACACAGCAAGGAGCCCCGAGCAAUGACAAACCGGACUAGAUUACACAAGACAUUCAUGCACACAACACCCUCUCACAAACAUACACACAUACACACACACAUAUGCACUAACAUAGUUGUCUCACAGAACGAUGGUUGAUGACAAAGACCAAGUAAAGCAGUAAUAAGAGCAAAGGAUAAAACAUGCAAUAAUAAUAAUGUUGAAAAUAAAAUGCGUCAUAUAAUAUGCCAAUAAUUACAACACCAAGUAUUAGUAUAUGAUAUUCAUACUAAUAUUAGUGAAGGUAAUAAGAUGUAAUCUGAAUAUAUUUUUUAAAGGUAAACCAAAUUGUGACGAUGUCCUCAUUAAAGUGUUGACGUAACAAAACAAUACUCACAAAAAUGUGCUUUAGACCUAACUGUAUUGUGGAUGUCGUUCAUAUUUUGUCAUUUAAAAUUACACCCAACGAACAGAUUUGAGAUAAAUGUACUCAAAAUACAUUCAGUGAAAGGGGCCAAUAGUAUGUGCGCCUUAGUGUCUCAUGACGUGGUAAUAUAGUUACAGGAAUGGAGAUGCCUUUAGAGGGUGAUUCUGUUCUGAGAAGUUUCUAUCUUAGUGGUUGUUGAUCUGAUGCAAAGCAAGGCACCGUAUUAUAAAGCACAAAACAAUCCAUUUGGUGGAUUUGUACCCUUACUGUCUCAGUGUUCUUGUUCUUACGUCUUUCAUUGUCUUUAAGUGACAGUGGCUUUCUAUACAUCUUCACAUCAAUGUGUUAGCCUUUGUGUGUGUGAGUGUUUGUGUGUAUGUAAGUGUGUGUGCAUGCAUACCCACGCAUUGGGCUAUGAGAACAUGAGUGCCUACAUUUUCUGUCUGUACAGUCUUUGUCUAUCUGUAUUCACGUCAUGCCCCAUUCAACAUGUCUCCAUUGAACCUCAAAAGCACAGAGGUGUGAAGAAAUAAUAACCAAGGACAAGAAACACACACAUAUAUGUCUGAAGAGAGAGAUGCUCUGCCAUCACCACAGGCCCCAGUGGUGUUAGUAUUACUGGGUGGAGAGAGGACACUGACAAGCUGUCAAUCAUGUAUGCCAGAUCUUAGCCAUCUUCUCUUUUGCCAGACAGACAUAGAAUAACUUAAAAAAAAAAAAAAAAAAAAAAGGAAAAUAUAUAUUGAUAUGUGACCUCUGACCACUUACUUGAUGAAAGACAGAGCUUGUUUCCUCUGCAGACAGAAUGCAUACUACUUUGGGAUUGAACACUUGCACCAUUACUUCACUGCAGCCAUAUGAAGCAACAGGAUCCCAGAGGAUUUCCCACCAUGAUUCCAAUUUUGCACCACAAAUCAUGCCAUAUUUAAUUUCUCUACAGCAAUAUCACAGUUAUUAAUUUGAAAAUAUUAAUAGAUACUGGAUUGGUUCUCUUGAUAGAUCUGAUUUAUGAGAGGAGGAGUUCCUAUGAGAACAUCUAGAAAUGUGUAAGAGAAAUUAGUUGAAUUUAACAUCAGUCAUCAGAGGGAGUUAUGGCUGUGAUCAAUGGUCCAUUUACUCCAUUAUUUCUGACCUAUUAACAUCAGUGUGUAGUGGCAUAUUCUUCAUCCUCUGGCCAGGAGGCAGGACCCCAGGGUCUGCCGUGACCAUAUCUGUGAAACACAGGACAGCCUGCUGAGAUAAACUGUGUGCUGUUAGGAGAAAUGCGCGCAUAGACAAUGAAGAAACCCCUACAAUUUAACUCCAGGAGGUAAAAAGGGAUUUUACUCUGUAUUGAGAUGCAAUUGGCAACAUAUUUGUGGACAAUGGAUAAUCACAGAGCAGUGUCUAAAAAUAUUGGGAAACUACAUGAGUAUCAGUGCUUUUUAUCCCUUCGUGUCUCUAUGCACAUCUCUGUAUAGUGACAGUGUAUACAGGACAGACUAUCGCUGAACUGUCUACAUGCUUGCCAGGGUAUUAAAUCUACUCCCCUGGUUCAUCUAUCACUACACUGGUUCACAGAAGCACACCCACAGUCGGUCAGUGGCCUCCGGGAGUUUUCUAACUGUUGAAUCGAUCCGGCUGCUCAUAUUCGUGUUGUCCUUCGACAACCUUGUGAAUGUCUUAUUGUUGACUGCAAAAAAAAAAAAGAAAAAAAUGGAUCCCUCAGUGGUGAAUUAGGUCUAGGAUAAAAAGGGCUUGGGCAUUAUUUAAGCUUGGAACUAAACAAUGAGCUGUAAUAAAAAGCUUAAAUACAUUUUCAGUUAAACCUGAAAUGACUUCAACAGGCGGGUUGGGUAAAGAUUAUACUUUCUCUAUGCACAUCAAAACUCUAAGCACGUCAGCAGCAAGAUAAUCAAACCAAAACAACAACGUGUUAUUCGUGCAUCAAAGAUGCAUUUCUGGGACUACUCAGUACUUUGUUUGGGUCUAGUCUGGGUGACAGUGAUUAAAUGGAGUUCACAUUUCUGGCUGGAUGGAUGCUUAUUCCUGUCUAUGGGUCUGUUGGGUUUGUUUACAUUUACCAAAUUUUCUGGCCCUUGUCUAUUAACCCUGCUUUGCUUAUGUAAUAUUUUUAUCUGCAAUACAGCUGCAUGUUUAGUCAUCAUGAGCUUGUAUAAUGGAGUGCAACCUUAGCUAAUCAUUCUGAAUGCUAAUGUGUUUACAGUUUUUGCCAUCCGUUCAUUCUCUCAUCAUUGGUGUGUAUUGGUUUGUUUGUGAAUAAGAUGAUUCAGGGUAUUUUUCGCUCAGUUGCUGUGCUUUACCAAGCAAGCUAUUGCUUUAAAAAAAAAACCUUUACUGUCACAGAUUUUGACACUUGUCUUCCUUAAAUUGAUAUCGAUGGUAAUGAUGCAGAAGGGCAGGGGCGAAUGAAAUGGGAAUUCACUACUGCAGUCCCUGUGUAUUCACUGUUAAUGUCAAUCACACAGUAUGGCUGCCAUCAUGUGGUGGGUUUGUGUAACUACUUCGCAAAAUAAAUUGAAGCUGUUUCAGUGG